AUGGCCGCUCUGGUGGCCGGCCUCCUGCUAGUGGCGCUGCUGGCCUGCUCCACAGGCAGCAUUGAUGGUGCCACAGACGCCAAUCUCACCGCCGCCCCAGGCGGCCUGUCAGCCGCACAGACGCCGCAAUUCGUUCUGCUGACGGUGGACGAUGCUGUGUAUUGCCCUGCCAAAGACUUGAUUACGGCGGUGACAGAGGGCCGCCAGACCGCCGACGGCUGCCCGCUGGCGGCCACCAUGUUUACGAUGCUGCGCAACACUGACUGCAAGGCGGUGAGGGACCUGUGGCGGGCCGGCUACGAAAUCGCUGACCACACUCUGGAUCACAAGCGGCUGGUGGGGCAGGACCGCAGCUACGUGGAGAGCGAGGUGGUGGGGGCGCGCAGGCAGCUGGCGGAGUGCGGCGUGCCUGAGCAGGACAUUGUGGGGUUCAGGGCGCCGUAUCUCUUUGUGGACCCACAGCUCAGGGAGGUGCUCCACGAGAAUGGGUUCCUGUACGACAGCUCCAUCAUGGAGAGCAUGAACGGCUCCGUGUCAGACGGCUUCUCCAGCAGGCUGUGGCCCUUUGACAUGGGCGCCGGGGUCCCCAUCGCCUGCGCCUCUGACGACACCUACACCCAGCUCUGCAGCACGGCGGAGAGCUGGCCGGGCCUCUGGGAGGUGCCAGUGUGGAAGCUGAGCGAGCUGGGUGGGCCCUACCCCAUGGACCCCGGCUUCAGCUACCCCAGCAUGUCGCAGGCGAGCGAGCACUCUGCAUUCGACAUCCUCAAGGCCAACUUUGACGCCGCCUACGCCGGCAACAGGGCGCCCCUCAACGUGUAUGUGCACCCCUUUUGGCUGCGGGCAGAGUCGGAGGAGCACGGGCCCAACCUGGAGCAGCUGCAGAAGUUCGCAGAUUAUGCCCUCACCAAGCCACACACUUACUUUGUGACCAUGCGGCAGCUGCUGGCCUGGAUGGAAAACCCCAUUCCUGCCGAUGAGCUGACGCCCGAGAGCCUGGGCUGCGGCAACCCUGGCGGCGCGGGCCCCAGCGAGGCACCUGCAUAG